AUGUUGGCUCCUAUCAUUGCGAUUAUGCUCCCACAUUUUGCCGUGGCAGCGGUCGUCUCCUUAGGCGCACUUGAGCCGAUGGUGACCCCACUUGCCCUGCUCCCGAGAGCAAUAUCAACCUUCGGCUGGUACUCUACUGGAAGUAGUGGUGGAACCAUUCUCUACAAAGCUGCCACAUUCUCUGAUGCCUCUUUCCUGACGACAUCCGGUGCCUACUUCCGCAGUUGCCCUAGCCAGGGUGCGGUAUCAUGUACGAUGUUCACGGGAUGCUCGUCUGGGUAUGCUUUGUAUCCAUCGGGGUCCGUCACCUGCGGAGCCUUUUCGAAAUGUGGUUGGGAUCUUCUAUACACUUCAUUAGGAGCCUCAAAUCCCAAGUCGGGGAUCUGGUGUGAUGCCUCUGGACAAGCCGGCGUCGUCAUCUACCAGGUUUCUCCGACAUCCAGUCACAGGGACAUCCACCCCAAGUUCAACGCCGACGCCGACUCCGUCACCCACGUCAACGACACCGAGAAGUACAACGACUUUGCCUGCAUCAAGCACGUCUACUAUCGUAAGGGUAUCGUCCACUCUUACAAGCCCCACCACGUCAUCUCAGGCAAGGAGCUCUACAGCAAGUAUGUCAGCCCCAAAGGGUUUGAGAAUCAACAUAGUUCAACUCCAUGGGCUCGCUCAUCUACGCAAGCUCUAGCAGUGGAUUUUACCUCGUUUUCUAACUCAGCUGCAGGCACUUCUUCCUCAGCAUCUCCAUCCGUCACAGCCACCCCUCAAACACCCAAGACUGGUGUUAUUGUUGGGGGAACAGUAGGUGGUAUCGCCAUCAUUGGUGUCGCUGUAGUUGCUGUCGUCUUCUUGUUCCGCCGAAGGUCUACUCAACAUUCAACCCAACCCGACACACCACUUUCUCCGUUGCCUGAAAAGCUACCUUCAAAUAACGUAGCGCCUUUUGUUUCCGUCGAGGCUGCUAAUACUCACCCUUCUUACUACUACCAGCCAGGACCUACAAGCCCGGUACCUGAGUCACCAGCGCCGCAGUAUCCGUCAGGUUCUCCAGCGCCUCAGUAUCCGUCUAGUCCAUCUGCACCUCAGUAUCCUAGCCAACCAGUCUACACUAGGGAAUUGCCAGCUGGUGCGCCAGCACCACAUUAUGCCGCGCCACCGCCUGGUAAUAUGACCGAAUUGCCUACUACACGCCCGUGA